GGCAUGCCCCGCGGCAAAAUGGCGGCCUGAGCCGAGCGCGCGGGUCCCGGCUGAGAGGGGCGGGGGGCAAAGUUUUGCGGCGGGCAAAGGGCUGUUUCCAACCGGCUCGGAACCGGCCUCAAAGUUACGGGGGUUCCCCCAGGGAAGCCGGAGCGCGGGGUUGGGCCCCGGUAGGUGGAGGCGCGGAUCCGAAGCGGGGAGCCUGUUGCUGAGAUCCGGAGCCCCUCGGCGGGACCACGGGGCGCCCGUGGUUGGGGCCGGGUCGCCAGCCGCCUCUUGGCCCUGGGCUGAUGCGGGGUCGUCCGUAGGCAGCAGCAGCAGGUAGCGGCGGGCGGGGCUGACCUGCGUCCUCCGUCGGGAUCGCGGCUGAGUUGCAGGGAGUAGGCAAGCCGGCUAGGUCUGGGGGUGAAGCGGAGCGGUGGGCUCUCUUGGGGCUGAAAGUUUGAUAUAAGUGAGCCACGGGGGGGGGGCUGGCUUUUGGGGGACAAUUGGAGCAGGAGUUGGGGGAAUUGAGAAUGGAUAUUAAUAGGUGCGGAUUUAAGAAUUGAUUUAGAUCUAUUCUUGGGGCAGUGAUUUCUUACCCGCACUGUGUGCACAACAGAGGGGGAAAUAAGUAAGACUGAAACUUACUGCUGGAGGAGAAAUCGCCUGCCUGAGGGACAAAGGAUGGAAACAGUGGAGAUUAGUACAUAGUACUAAAAGGAGCUGCUGGAGCAGAAGCCGUUGCCCAGAUGCUGUUGGAUGCGGUGCGGAUACCGCAGACUCAGAGCCGGGAGGACGAACAUGUUUGGACAGGACAUCACUUUGGGUCUGUUGUUGGGUUGAGUGCCUUCUUCAUGAGGCUUCAAAUCUGAAUCCAGGCUGGUGACCUAUUGUGCAAGUCAAGCGAGGGGACAAUGACGAGCACUGCACCUUCCAAGAAGCCUUACCGCAAGGCUCCUCCGCAGCACCGCGAGAUCCGGCACGAGCUGCCCAUCCUGCGCGACGACCAAGAUGGUGUGAUUUUGGCGGAGCAGAGUCAGGAGCCCUUGACGGAUGCAGAAAGGAUGAGGUUGUUGCAGCAUGAGAAUGAGGAGCUGCGUCGGCGUCUGGCUUAUGUCACCAACAAAAUGGAGGCAAUGGAAAGGGAGUUGGAGUCUGGGCAAGACUAUCUGGAGAUGGAGCUGGGCCAGAAUCGUGAGGAGCUAGAAAAAUUCAAGGACAAGUUCCGUAGGUUGCAGAACAGUUACACAGCCUCACAGAGAACCAAUCAGGAUUUGGAGGAGAAGCUGCACACCCUGAUUAAAAAAGCCGAAAUGGAUCGCAAGACUCUUGAUUGGGAGAUUGUGGAGCUCACUAAUAAACUAUUGGAUGCCAAAACAACCAUCAACAAACUGGAAGAGCUUAAUGAGCGAUAUCGGCAGGACUGUAACCUGGCAGUGCAGCUCCUGAAGUGCAACAAGUCUCACUUUCGGAAUCACAAGUUUGCUGAUCUUCCCUACGAGCUGCAAGACAUGGUCAACAAGCACCUGCAUAGCACUCAGGAGACCUCCGGCCCUGGGCAGGAGGCCCCUCACACCUUGGCUCCAUCGGACGUCGUGCCCACCUCGGUGAUCGCCAGAGUCCUGGAGAAGCCGGAGUCCCUGGUGCUCAACUCGGCCAAAUCCAGCAGCGGCAGUUGCUCCAUCGCCGAGGACGUCUUUGUGCAUGUCGACAUGAGCGGAGCUCCUUCCGACGCUUGCCCAAGCCCAGGCCAGCCCGGGAGCGAGGGGGCGGAGGGAGCGCGGCAGCAGAACGGGGGCUGCAAACCUCCAAGCGGCUUGGAGGGCCUCCCUGGCGAGGUGCCCACAUUUGAGAAGCUGAGCCCAUACCCCACCCCGCCCCCACCCCACCCCAUGUACCCGGGGCGCAAGGUGAUCGAGUUCUCGGAAGACAAGGUGCGGAUCCCGAAGAACAGCCCCCUGCCCAACUGCACCUAUGCCACGCGCCAAGCCAUCUCCUUGAGCCUGGUCCAGGGGGAGGAGGAGAACGGCGACAGGCAGCGUACCCUUCCCAGCAGCCCCGCCUCGGAGGGCCAGCGCUCGGCUUCCAGCUGCUCUUACCAGCCGUCCCCCAAGGUGAGUCGAGCUCACGGCUCCUCGCAGAGCAGCCCCUUCAGCAGCCCCCCGCAGGUGCCCAGCACCUUUGCCAGCUCGGCCAGCUCUGAGGAGGACCUGCUGGCCAACUGGCAGCGGAUGUUUGUGGAGAAGGCUCCCCCGACCACGGAGCGGGUGCUGGUGAACCGCACCUCCUUCAGCCGUGACACGGCCCAGGAGCUCCAGAAACGGUUCAGCCGCUCCAUGCAGGAGCUAGGCCGGGCCGCCUCCACCUACUCGGAUGGCGAGGAGUCAGUGCAGAGCUGCAGCUGGACGGUGAGCAGGGACUCCAGCACAGACACCGACAGCACCGAGUCCCGUGCUCGCCGGGGCCACCUCUCCUCCGACUACGGCACGGACUUCUCCCAGGACGAAGCCCACAAGCUGCUGCAAGGGGGUGGCGGAGAGGGGGCGGCAGAACCCACCAGCUCUUCCCCAGAGAAGCACAAAGACUACGUAGACCUCGACUUGUCCGGGAGCCCGGCCGAAGAGCAGGAAACGCUGCUGCAGGGAAGCCAGGAAAACAGCCAAGAGGGCAGCUCCGAGCAGAGCAGGGAGUGCAAGAGCAAGCCUCCUCCGGGCCGCCCCCACCGCAGCCCCAAGAGGAUGGGGGUUCACCACCUCCAUCGGAAAGACAGCCUGACGCAGGCCCAGGAGCAAGGCAACUUGCUCAACUGAGGGUAGGAAGGAAGCUGCCCAGGUGCAGCGUUGCACCCAGCUCCCAAGGGCUGUUACUCUACUCCUGAGGUUGAAAGGAGGACCGUCAUGGGACUCCUUCCCAGGAAUUCCAGGCCAUUUUUAUAUAUUUAUUGUCUUUUUUAAUGCACACUAAGAACGGAGGCAGCUCCCCUGCUACAGCACCAGGGCAAAACACUCGGGUUCCCACCAGCACAGGUGCUUUGUGUCCACAGCUCAGUUUGCACUCAUGCCCUUCCUUCCACAGCUCAGUUCUGCCUUCACACUCCGAUUCCUUCCUGCUAACAUCCCAUCCCAUUGUUGGUUCUGAGUUACGCCCCUGCGGCACCUUAAGCCUCUAUUCCUACGUGCCAAGAAGUAGGAACACGCUGUCCCUAUUUUCCUCGUGUGAAUCUUCCCCCAGGUGAAGGCUGCGGGUGGGGUGCGACGGCUUCCGUUAGGUGGGCGUCCCCAGAUGUGUGAGCUUUGCUGCUUUCUUUUUCUGCAUUCUGCUACGUGGAUGUGCGCUGGCGUGAAUAGGUGGGACGAUGCUCAGAGGCCACCUCCAGAGUUCCCUUGCUUCCUGAACCCAGCAUGGUUACUCGUUGGGAGGAGCGCCACUCGGGAGCCUGCCAGAAUGGGCCUUGGAGCUUCCCUGCUCCAGCCAGCCAGCAAAAUGGAGGCUGGUCCAUUUGCCAUAAUGGGUUCGGCUGUGUGUGACUGUCAUGCCGGCUCUUUCUUGGGUGGUCUGUGUCUCAUUUGAAUGACGUGAAGCUAUGUGUUCUUUGACUUGCUUUCUUAUAGGUCUUUGUCUUUUGAAAUGUGCUUACCUCUUCCUUUUGUGAACGAGCAAAGAAUGUGCAGGGAUGGGGUGGGGAGGAUUGGUCAGAGAGCAUCUGCUCUGCAAGAAGUGGCUCAUCUCAUUGUCACUGUUGCCCUAUGGCCACCACCAGCUGAGGAGUUGCUAAAGCCUAAGCAAUGCGGCCAUCUUGCCUCUGUAGGACCAUCCUGUUUGCCCCUUGGAGAGAUGGUGAGUGAGGAUGAGCAUCCUAUCGGGGCUGUGAUCCAAAUCGACACUAGUGCCUUCCCAAGGCCUUAGGCAAGGUCUGAUAUUCCCCCUCCCCUACUUGCUUUGUUUUUUUGUAUGUAUUCAGUGUUGUAUUUUUUUUCUCCCUUUGCAGUAUGUUUCUGUGUUUUGCGUAUAUCUGUGCACGCACCUGGGGAGGAAAAGGUUGCCAGUGUUAGGAAUUUUUCACUGAAUGAUCACGUUCCAUAGACGCUGUUUCCUAGCCUGCCCUUGGUGCAACCCGUGCAAUCUUCAAGAAAACAGUGAGAAGACUAGGCUGCUGAGCUUGGUUGCACUGCCAGCUGCUUAUGUCCGGAUGGAGUCUGUGAUCUUCUGCUGGAGGGUACCCUAAAGCCUUUCUUCUCAGCACAGGGAGUCUUCUCCCUUGCAAACACCAGCAAAGCAGCUGCAAGCUGCUCAGAAAACCCACUCAUAGCCCUGCAGGACCAAGAACUUUCCCCAAAACCUUCCAGUAUCCAUUGGAUGGCUGCCAUGGCCUAUCUUGUGUUGAUCUGCUUGCCUUUUGUGCUGUCCCCUGCUGCCUCCCUUUAGACCUAACCAAGGUCUGCUGUGUGUUAAUUGUGGAGCAGUCUGGCCAUAGCUAACGUUUUGAUGUGGCCUUCUUCACUGGCCACUUCUCUUGCUGACAAGCUGCUGGCGGUUGCAUCCCAGCAUUGGGGUGUGACUCAGUAUUUUCAGUUUAGCUAUGCUAAUAAAUUGGUGCUAAAUAUGGACACCCUACAUUUUGCCUAUGCGGCACUUAACCUGUAAUGAUCUGACUUCUACAGCUGGCAGCUGCUUGCUUUGCUCAGCCACUCUCCUCCUUCAACCCUUGAUUUCUUGGAAUUUCCUUUGCUCUUCAAAAGGUAGAACCCAAGUUGCCACAUGUUCCUGCUCCAGCACUGCAGUGUUCUCUUUCUUGCUGCAAAGGCUGCUGGAGAUGGGAAGGCUCUGGGGCUUCCUGGUGACCUCUUGUUUGUGGUCAGUAUUGGACAGACAUGGUGCUGGGUGAAGCCUAUCCCAUAGAAUCUGGGCCCUUCUCUUGAGCUUGGCGAAAAUGGAACUGAUUUUAGCACAUCCCACCGAGACGAUUUUUUAGUCUGGAGCCCAGGCCUCUUUUCUGUGGCUGGGCUGCACAACUGCACAUAAGGCAAUCUGAAACUGUCACAAUUGCAGCCACCAAACGGACAAUUCCAAGCAGUCACUACGAUGUUGAUUGAGACCAAUGUCCACUUCCUUUAAUUCUAUUGUACUAAAGGUUGGGAGGAGGGAAGAGAAAGGAGAUCAUUCUCGAGUGCAACCUAACCGUGCCAUUUAUUUCACAUGGGUCUGGGUGGCAGCGAAAACCUGCAGGAGAAUUGAGGAUCAGGUCUGUGUUAGUCCUGCUGCUGCAGCCUUCCUCCCAGAGCUCCUUUUGUGCAGUCCUGCAUCUCAGCCCUUUGCAUCCUUCUCCUCUCUGGCAGUAUUAUGAAUUCUCUCUCGGGGAGCUUGAGUUGCCUUCUUUGGCUGCCCCGUAUUUUACAAUGUCCCAACUCAAGACUGUUAAUCUGCGACUAAUGUGUUUUUUCUGAGAUUUUCAAACUGAUGAUGUAUAUUUUAAAGCCAGAAAUAAACUAUUUUAAAAGUA